AUGGAGCACGCGUGGAGGUUGUUGAAGGAUGAACCUAAAUGGAAGGGGCAAGAAAUGAACAACUCUUCAAAGAGAUCAAAGAUAUCCUCUACCAGGACAUAUUCAUCGUCAUCUAAUCUAGAAAAUCCCAUAGAUUGUUCAGAAUACAACAGUGCAACUCAGACCGACCACCCAGCAGUACAAAAGGCGGCAAAAAGGAAGGGCGAGGGAAAAACAUAUCCAUCUAUAACACCCAUAGUGGAUUUGAUUGUCAUGGAAAGGGUCUCAGAAAAGAAAUUAGCUAUCUAUGGUAAAAAUAGAUGA